AUGAACGCGAUUGAGCAGUCUCCCGCGUCGAAUGCGCUGGCGCAGUUGACCAGGGUCCCGAUAGCUCAGCUUUCCCCAGACCUUGAGAAAUUGGCCGAGAAGUCUUUUCUUGCGGCUGUAGCACUUGUGUGGCCAUACUCCUCUUCGAUCAAGACUGUGAGCCUUCUAUUAGCGGAGCCGGAUUUCCGCCUGAGGGGCGCCAGAGGACAAAUCAAGGUCACGUUCCACGGACGCGUCGCAGAAAGGGUCGCGGAAUCGCAUGUCGGAAUUGGGGAUACCGUUAGUCUGGCCUUGAAAGACAUCAAGUUUGUCAGCAAUGAAGACGCCCAGAAAACCCCGGGAAGGUCUGUCGCAUGGGAUGCGCACUUUGAGAAUGGCGUAUCUCUCGAGAUCUACCGAUCUUCCCAACCUCCGUUGAUAAUAUCGGUUGAGCCGCAAGUGACAGCACCGCAUGAAACCGAACCAGCACCGCCUACCACCCCUAGUGGCAAAUCAAUCAAUCCCGAAUUCGACCUGCCUUCUAGUGCACGGCCCUGGGGAUCACCUAUGUUCCUCAAUUCUACUCGAACCCCACUUGGGGGAACAAUCCGUUCCGUUUUCGAUCCUUUUACGGAAGAAGAUGGAUUUGUGCCAGGGAAAGGAAGAAAAAAGCCGAGGUACAGCUUGCACAGGGAAGAUUGGCGUGUUAUCAAUGAACCCGAAAGCCCUCACGAGCAAGAAGCUCCUGUGGAUUGGGAACAGGCUUUGAAUCAAUCUAUCGAUCAAGAACUCGAGGCAGACUCGGCGAGUGAGACUUCAAUGACGGAUGAUGUCCAAGCUCCAACAUACGCAGAGGAUGCACCACAAGAGCCACUUCCAGUGUUUGCGAAGCCUUCUCUUGAAUUGACCGGGAGUAUCCUCGAAAGACAUGCCGCCGAGUCAAAUGUUGUGUCUCAUGGACAAGUUGAUGAUCAUGAAACACCUUUCUAUCUGCCAACGGAUACGCCGCAGAUUCGACCUAUCCCUUCUCCGGGGCUCCCGAUUCCUUCGCCACUCGUAUCAAAUCAUGCUGGCUCAACUAGCUAUUUCCUGCCAUGGACCGCGCCCACACAAUCCCAAGAGAUUGGAUAUGCUCAGGCGGGAAUAGAUACCAUAGCAACGCCCGCAGCAUCCUCCAUCGAAACCCAUGAUACCGACACCAUCGAUUCCAUCCACGCAGAUCUAGUGGAAACAGUUGAUCCGGAUGUUGAAUCCAUCCAGCAGGAACAUGUCUUCGAUGCUGGGUUUGUCCGCGAUGAUUCGGCAUCAUAUCCAGGCUCAGAAGAUUUACCGGAGAAGCAGGGAGUUGAGAUAAUCGACUCCAUAGCUAUUGAUAGGUCAGAUGUCGUUGAAGCUGACAUGACCAUUGAUACUACUGGCGACAAAGCUCAAAAGUCAAAUGAACUAGAGCAGUAUCCUGCUUUUGAUGAUCCUAACCUAUCCCACGACCAUCCAGCACGACUUUCGGACUCGGAAGAUAAAUUGGAUGACUCCCCCAAUACCAACGAUGAAUCACCUGCCGCUCAAGCUGAUGCUGUUACCGAAAAUGCCGGCGACGAAGCUCAGGCGUCAGAUGAAACAGAUCAAGAACGUCUCGUUGAUUCCAGUCACCUAUGGCGCGAUGACUCAGGAUCAUCCUCACCUUCGGAGGAGGCUGGGCAAGAUGAAUCACUCGAAUCCUCAGAAGAGAUCGAUGGAUCAGAUAUUGCUCAACAUGAUCUUGGCAUCGAAACUGCCAGCGACAAUUUGGGAUCUCCUCAAUAUCCGGGUGAAUCUCGUGAUGAGGAACAUCCUGAGCCAGAGACUCAGUUAGUCAACUAUCCACAACUAGGGUUCACGUCUGAUCAGGAUGCGAUCGAUGCCCUCGGAAAAAUGAUAGCCGCUCGAGAUGAGGAACACCAAAAGAUGAAAGAUACAGAAGAGGAAAAAGAAAGCGAAAAGGAUGUCGAUCGUCCACCCAGUCAAGAAUACAGUGAAGAAAAGGAUGAAGAAGUGUACUAUGCGGAGUCAGUGGAAAAUUACGAUUCUCAAUGUGAAUCUGAAGAGGACGAGGAGGAUUUAUAUGGUGAUCCUCGUUUGGAAUCACGAUUGGACGAAGAUGACUUCGGUGUCGUUGAAUCUAGUGGUGAAAAGCUUGAGCAGGAACAAAAGCUGCCCUCGCAGGCGGGAAGCCAUGAAGUAAUCGUGCUGGACAGUGACAGUGAUGAUGAGUUUGCCUCCAAUCAUCCGGUAGCCUCAGCUUCGCAGUCAGCAGAACGAAACGAUCACUCAUACCGCUCUGAAUCCGAACAUCUCACUGUCCCUCCAGCUGCAGCCGAAUUUGCAAGUGGUGUACAGGAAUAUCCAGAGCCGUGGUAUCUCGACGGAAAAGACUAUCACGGAGUAGUGGAAGACGAUUCCGAUACUGAUGAAUGCCAAAGUGAAGACAGUGAAGAGAGCGAAGACAUUGAAAGGAGUGAAUACGGUGGAGAAAGCGAAGACAGGGAAGCGAGGGAAGACAGGGAAGACAGGGAAGACGAGGAAGAGGGGGAAGACGAAUACAAUCAACAAUAUGACCGAGUUUACGAAAGUGAUAUGGAUGAUGACGAGUCGUCCCAAGACCACUAUGAAACGGACCGUCCAUCUGAAGUGGCAUCACCCAACCUUGCGGAAGAUGAAGAUAAACAAAUUAAACAUGCGGAGCUCAUCGAAGAAACUGACAACGACGGAUAUUAUGCUGUGGCCAACCCUCACGCACAGAUAGGAGUGCCAGUCGAUCGAGACUCUAACGAGGGGCAAUCAGGCAAUGCUGAUCCAAACUUGCUUGAUGUGCCUGAAUCUCAUCAUCAAGGCCCAUCCUUGGAAGGCAAAAAUCAUGCUGGGCAGUAUCUCACUGGGGACGGACAAUUUGAUUUGCAUAUUCCUUCGUCUGCUAGAAAUACCAUAGCCGAUUUCCCGUUGAAGCAUGAGCCAACUGUCGAAGGACCUGAGCCACUUGGCGAUCGAGUCUCGCCGUCCACUGGGUCUCCAUUGAAGCGACAACCCUCAACAUCAGACCCCACCCAGGAAAAUGCAUCCGCGCUUGAACUGGUUCAUGAUUUUGAACCUCAAGCUUCAUCCACGAUCGAAGAAACCGAAGCCCCUACUGGUCUUGAUAACAAUUUGCAGCUGGCUGGCUCCCCAGAGUCAGACCAAGACGAUGGUAUCGGGGCAGAACUCAUAAAAAACUCACAUAAGAUCCACGUUGACGGACAUGAUGAUGCCGUAGCUCCUUCGGAAUCCGUUGAAGCCGCAGAACCCCCAGCAACGCCCGAACCUGGCCGCUCUGUGGAUGUUGUGAUUGAAUCUCCGAACACAUUGGCAGUUCCCAUUUCACAGCCCUCAGUUCCCGACCGUAAUGCUUCUGGACUGCGGAGCAAGCUUUCCUACUUUGCACCGCUUGCUACACUCAUUGAUCAUUACAAUGCUCUAGUCGAUACCAUCUCAAUCGUGCAUGAAGCUUCGCCGAUAACCCGGGCCAAAUCUGGUUCGAAAGACUGGUUCGUGACUAUUGAACUUACCGAUCCAUCUAUGGCUGGCAUGACUCUUCAUGCUCAAAUUUUCCGGCGCCACAAGGCCUCGAUGCCGACAUUGGCAGAAGGGAACGCCAUACUCUUACGCGACUUCAAGGUCCAGAGUUUCGAUCACGCCAUGAUGCUUGUCAGUGCCGAUACUAGCGCGUGGGCAGUAUUCGACGGGUCGGGUCCCGAUGCCGAGACGAACGGACCUCCUGUCGAAUAUGACUCGCAGGAACGUGCGUACGCCUCUGGCUUACGUCGAUGGUACGAUGAAAUUGGCUCGGCUAGGGUCGCGGACCAUCUGCUCCAGGCAGCUAUCGAGAGAGACAGAGAGGAGCGCGAUAUGACACCAGGCAGCCAAGUGCCAAGUGAGUCAGGGACCCCAGAUUCUAAGCGAGGCUCGCAGCGCAAGCGCAAGAGCACUCGAAGAAUCACGAUCCAUGAGCUGCGUGAUGGCACUCGUUAUACGGAGGUCGGGUCCCCAAACAGUCGGAACAGCAGUGUUCACGAAUUACGGGAUGGCACGUUGUAUGCCAAUAUUUGA